CUUCUUCAUUCUUCCCUUUUUUCUUACAGAAAGCUCAGAGUCUGGCCUGGGGUGCAGUCCAGCCCUGGUUCCUAGCAAGACUCAUCCACACUUGCUCAGGGGACCUUCUUCUGCUGACCGUGUGCCAAUUUCAUAACAGAACAAUAUAUUUCCUUUGCAGUAUUUGCCAGCACCUCUAAAUCAGACAGGCAGAACUUGGCCAAGGAAAAACUGGAUUCCCUCCUAAAGAUGGAUGAGCAAGACUCAGCUGGCCCUGGAGCAGGAAGAGGUCAUGGCAUUAUCAAUGGGAGCAGUGGGGGAUUCUGGGAAAGCUCUGGGCAGAAGAUCCUGGGAGAGGAGGACACCCUUCGCUCAGAGGCACAGAGCCAGCAGUUCAGGCAGUUCUGCUCCCAGGAGGCCAAAGGACCCCGAGAAGUUUGCAGCCGACUCUACCACCUUUGCCACCAGUGGCUGAAGCCAGAAAGGCACACGAAAGCGGAGAUGCUGGACCUGGUGAUCUUGGAGCAGCUCCUGGCUGUCCUUCCAGCGGAGAUGGAGAGCUGGGUGAGGGAAUGCGGAGCAGAGACCAGUUCCCAGGCAGUGGCCCUGGCCGAAGGUUUCCUCCUGAGUCAGGCGGAGGAGAGGAAGCAGGAAAAGGAUCUUUUCACAGAAACGGGUCCUGAUUCCUCUGAGGCAGAGAGGACUUCGUUGGACACCAGAGAGAGGUCGUUGGGUGAAAGAAGGAUGCUGGCAAGACCUCCUCCUGCAUCUCUUCAUCCUGGUGGAGGGGAAGCAGCAGCUGAGGAACCGGAUCAGAGCUCAGUUUCUUUUGAAGAUGUCGCUGUUCGUUUCACGGCUGAGGAGUGGGCGUUGCUGGAUCCUGCCCAGAGAGCUCUGCAUAAGGAAGUCAUGGAGGAGACUUGGAGGACCAUGAUCUCUCUGGGUGGUGAUGAAUUAGAAAUUAAGAAUAAGGGACAACAGGACAAAAUCCACACAGUGGAGAAGCCAUAUCAAGAUUUGGAGUGUGGAGAGAACUUCAGUCAGGGCUCAAAUGCCACUUCCCAUCAAAGAAAUCCUAUUGGGAAGAAACUCUUUCAGUGCUUGGAAUGUGGAAAGAGCUUCAAUCACAGCUCACAGCUCAAAGAGCAUAAAAGAAUUCAUUCAGGGGAGAAAGCAUAUCAGUGUUUGGAAUGUGGAAAGUUCUUUACUACAAGCAGAUACUUACGUCGACAUCAGAGGAAUCACAGUGGGGAGAAACCGUACCAGUGCUUGGAAUGUGGGAAGAGCUUCUCCAGGAAGGAUAGUCUCACUUCCCAUCAAAGAAUUCAUACAGGGGAGAAACCAUACCAGUGCUUGGAAUGUGAGAAGAGCUUCAGUUGGAAAAUUAGUCUUACUUCCCAUCUAAGAAUUCAUACAGGGGAGAAGCCCUAUCAGUGUUUGGAGUGUGGGAAGAGCUUCAAUAACAGCUCACAUCUCAAAGCCCAUCAAAGAAUUCAUACUGGUGGGAAGCCCUAUCACUGCUUGGAGUGCGGAAAGAGCUUCUCCAGGAAGGAUACUCUCACUUCCCAUCAAAGAAUUCAUACAGGGGAGAAACUGUAUCAGUGCUUGGAAUGUGAGAAGUGCUUUACUACAAGAAGAGACUUCCAUCGACAUAAGAGAAUUCACAGUGGGGAGAAACCAUAUCAGUGCUUGGAAUGUGGGAAGAGCUUCAAUCACAGCCCACAUCUCAAAACCCAUCAAAGAAUUCAUACUGGGGAGAAGCCCUAUCACUGCUUGGAGUGUGGAAAGAGCUUCAGUCAGAGCUCCGGUCUCACUUCUCAUCGAAGAAUUCAUACACGUGAGAAACCAUGUCAAUGCUUGGAGUGUGGAAAGAGUUUCAGUUGGAAUAAUAGUCUUACUUCCCAUCAAAUAAUUCAUAUAGGUGGAAAAGCAUUUCAGUCCAUGGAAUGUGAGAAGUGCUUUACUACAAGAAGAGACUUGCAUCAAGAUAAGAGAAUGCACAGUGAGGGAAAACCCUAUCAGUGCUUAGAGUGUGGGAAAAGCUUCAGUCGGAAGGAUAGCCUCACUUUCCAUCAAAGAAUUCAUACAAGGGAAAAACUAUAUCAGUGCUUAGAAUGUGAGAAGUUUUUUACUAUAAGAAGAGACUUCCAUCGACAUAAAAGAAUUCACAGUGGGGAGAAACCAUAUCAGUGCCUGGAAUGUGGGAAGAGCUUCAAUCACAGCUCACAUCUCACUUCUCAUCAAAGAAUUCAUACGGGAGAGAAACCAUAUCAAUGUUUGGAGUGUGGAAAGAGCUUCAGUAGGAAGACUAGUCUCACUUCCCACCAAAGAAUUCAUACAACGGAGAAAGCGAAUAGUACUUGCAAUGUGGAAAGAGCUUCAGCUGGAAGAAAAUCUCACUUCCCAUGAAAGAACUCACAGCGGGGGAAAUCCUGGAAUUAUAGAAUACAGUGGUAACUUGGGUUACAGACGC